AUGAGGAUCCCCGGCCCCGCGGCCCCCCGGCCCCCCGGCCCCGCGGCCCCCCGGGCGCCCGGCGAGGUGCUGCGCGAGGUGCUGCGCGAGGGCGAGCUGGAGAAGCGCAGCGGCAGCCUGCUGCAGCUCUGGAAGCGGAAGCGCGGCGAGCUCACGGCCGACCGGCUGCGCCUCUUCCCCGCCGGCCGGGGCGCGCGGCCCAAGGAGCUGCGCUUCCACUCGCUGCUCAAGGUGGACUGCGUGGAGCGCACCGGCAAGCACGUCUACUUCACCCUCGUCACCACCGACCGCAAGGAGAUCGACUUCCGCUGCCCGGGCGAGAGCUGCUGGAGCGCGGCCAUCGCGCUGGCGCUCAUCGACUUCCAGAACCGCCGCGCCCUGCAGGAGCGCGCCCCGGCGCCCCGCGCCCCGGCCCCGGCCCCGGGCCCCGCCGCCCCCGAGCCCCGCGCCGCCCGCGCGUCCUGA